AUGACCCGGGCCGGGCUCUGGGCCCUCCUGCUCCUGAGCCUGCUGCGGUCCGCUGAAGGGAGGCCCCCUCUGGCCCCUCCCCAGAACGUGACGCUGCUCUCCCGGAACUUCAGUGUGUACCUGACUUGGCUCCCAGGGCCCGGCAACCCCCAGAACGUGACCUAUCGUGUGGCCUAUCAGAGCUUUCCAGCAACCCCCAAACAGUGGCGAAAAGUGAGAAGGUGUGCAAGAACCAAAGAGCUGACAUGUUCUCUGAUGUGCCUGGAGAAGCAGGACCUGUUCAACAAGUUCAAGGGCCGCGUGCAGGUGGUUUCUCCCAGCACCAAGUCCCCCUGGGUGGAGUCCAAGUACCUGGAGUACCUUUUUGAAGUGGAGCCAGCCCCACCCAUCCUGGUCGUCACUCAGACAGAGGAGGUCCUGAAGGUCAAUGCUACCUACCAGCUGCCCCCCUGCAUGCCCCCAUCGGACCUGAAGUACGAGGUGGAUUUCUGGAAGGAGGGGACUGGGAACAAGACCCGAUUUCCAGUCACUCCCCAUGGCCAGCCAGUCCAGAUCCCCCUCCAGGCGGAUGCCAGUGGGUACCACUGCCUCAGCGCCAGAACCAUCUACACCUUCGGUGACCCUAAAUACAGCGAGUUCUCCAAGCCCACCUGCUUCUCCCUGGGGACCCCAGGAGUCCACUGGGCAUUCCUGAUGCUACCACCACUGCUGCUGCUGCCGCUGUUGGUUAUUGCCCUGGGCUGUGUGAUCUGGAGGAGCUUCACAGGGAACCCCUGGUUUCAGCGGGCAAAGAUGCCACAGGCUCUGGACUUUUCUGGACACAGAUACCCCGUGGCAACCUUUCAGCCCAGUGGCCCAGAGUCCCUGGAGGACUUGACCCUCUGUCCCCAAAAGGAACUGACCAGAAGGGUCAGACGGACCCCUAGAGUCAGGGCCCCAGCCACCAUUCAGGCCGGAUCAGAGAAGGACAGUGCCAAGGAGGACGACGACGAGGAGGAGGAGGAGGAGGAGGACGCAGACGACAAUGUCAUCGUCCAGCCCUACAUUGUGCCCCCCGGUUUCCUGGCGCAGGAGCACCAGACCCCGGGGCGCUCGCAGGCAGGGGUCCAGGUCGAAGGCUGUCCUGCUUGCGAUUCUUCAGACGGAAGCUGGGCCAGCACUGGCGGCUCCUCCCUCUUGGAGGAGGCUGGGUCCUCUGGCUAUUUGGCCAAGAAGGGGCCAGGCAGAGGGCCGGGCAGGAACAGGUGUCCGGAGCCUCUCCCAGUCCCCGAAUUCUCCAAGGACUUGGGUUCCCUGGAAGAGCUCCAGAGAAGCAGCAUCUCCUGGGCCAACUGGGGCUCCUCCACACCGAGGCUGGAGCUGGCCCCCGGGGAGCCUCCAGUUUCUCUUCGGACACUGACCUUCUGGGACAGCAAUGCCGAGGAGGAGGAGGAGGAGGAGGAGGAAGAAGAAGAAGAGGAAGAGGAUGGAGGGGAAUCAGAAAUUGAGGACAGUGGUGCUGGAAGCUGGGGGACCGACAGCCUCCAGAAGACCGGAGCCACGAGUAGGACGCUGGGACAUUACAUGGCCAGGUGAGCUGUCCCCCAGCUUCCUGCCGAAUCUGGUGCUACUGAGCUUCCCAAGGGCCCAAGA